AGAGCUAGUACACAGAUACCCCUCUUUCUUACGCUCAAAAUUGUCAAUCUGGAUAUUCAGGUUGUGAUCAAAUGAACCUCCGAAUUGGUGGUGGAGCCGUUAACCCAAGGCAUUGGACUCUGUUCAUCGUUCGGACUUCAUCGGAGUUACUGAUCGAUCGUGUUUACUUCAUCGGAGUGCGAGUGUCUGACAAGUGACAAGUGAAGUGACAACGACGACGACGACGACGACUAAUAUGUACUCUAUCUGUCCAAAAAGAGUGAUGUUUUUUACUUUUAAAAAUCGUGUUUGACCGUUCGUCUUAUUCAAAAAUUUUAUGUAAAUUAUAAAAUAAAUAAAUCAUUAGUAAAGUAUCUCUAAUGAUAAAAUAGGUCUUAACAAAAUAUAUAAUAUUUAUGUAAAAUUUUUGAAUAAGACGGAUGAUCAAAUAAGAUGUCUGAAAUUCUAAAACGACACUAUUUUUGGGACGGAUGGAGUAGCAACCAACUUGCUACAUGCAUGGAUUAUCCUUCUUGGACUCUCAUAACAAAUUAACAAUUGUCCAUGUUACAUACUACUACAUGAUCGAGAUGCAUAUCUUGUGUUUGGCUCUCUCUGCUAAUCGAUCUAAUAAAUAACCGGCACAUAUGGCGAGUUUUGACCUGACGGGUUUGCUUCUCUGGCUCGGCGACGCUUUUCUGAUCAUCGCCAUGGUCGCCGUCUGCUGCUGCUACAACGGUGAACGACGACGCCGGGAACGGGCGGUGGACGAUGACGACCGGAGGCAUCAAGAGGCAGCGGCAGCGGCAGCAUCCCGCGCGCAGCCGGCGCCUGGAGCGGCGGCCGUGCAGAUGGCGGCCAUGGCCGUGGCCCUACUGCACCACGUCACGUUCCCACGCCAGAACGUCGUCGGUGAUGACGGCGGCGGCGGCGGCGAUGAUCACCGUCUGUCGGCGGCGGCGGAGGAGGAUGUGUGCGCGAUCUGCUUGGGCCAGUUUGAGGACGGCGACUGGUACAGCGUCAUGCCCGGCUGCCGCCACGAGUUCCACCGGAGCUGCAUUGCCAAGUGGCUCACCGCGUGCAACAACACGUGCCCGUUGUGUAGGGCUCAGCUGCAAUGGAAUGUUGUUGCUCAUGACAUGGUGUAGAUAGGUUGAUUAGAAAUGCCUCGCUCACAUGUUGUUGUCUCGUGCUUCAAUCCUGUAAUACAUAAAGCUUGAGCUUAUUCCUAGUUUGUCCAGUUGUUGUCUCAGUGUUUGUUAGAGCAUCUCCAGUCGUC